UUUUUUAUUAGCUCCAUUCCCUGUGUCUAACCAGCACCGAGAGACAUGGAAAACUGACGAAUCUCCACGUACUUUACAGAAGAGCCUUUUGAGCCGUCAGAGGAUCACUGUGGCUUUAAGAAGAGAAUGAGAAGUUUUGCCUCACUAACUCGACAUGUUUGGGAACUUUUCACAUCAGAGAGGCAGCCUGGCUGGAAGAAGCUGUUACAGCUUUUUGCAGUUUGCUGUACAGCUAGCUUCAUCUCAAGCAGUCUCUUGUUCCUUGGCUUGUAUUCCUCCCUAACACAUUUUCCUUUGGUUACCUUAGCAAUUGUUGCAUCUGUCUGGAUUGCCCUUUCUAUUGCAUUGUUUUCUUCCAAGCAUGUGCGUUGCUUUGCUGCCUUGUUUGUUCUUUCUUGUGGACUGCGUGAAGGUAGAAAUGCUCUUAUUACUGCUGGCACAGGCAUAGUGGCAGCUGGCAACAUUCAAAGUAUUUUUCACAACAUAAAAGUACUGGCAGACAGUAUAACUUGCAAUAUAGAGGCUGAGCAUUUUGCCUUGAUAAAACACUAUGUUGAAGCCAUCCAAUGGAUUUAUAAUCAGAUCAAGUUUUCAAGUAACCCUUUUAAAGAUAUAGUGUCACUGAGUGAUGAAUUCAAUACCUUUUAUAUAAUUUCUGAUGAAGGUUUCAAACUGAGGCUAAAUACCACCAAACAACAGAUCCAAAGUGUUACUAACCAUAUUUCUUCUAUCCUGGCAAUACAGCCCUACAUAAGCCAGAGACUGUUUCCUUUCAUGGGACUUUUUCUAGUUGUUCUUGGUACGUACCUCUUCAUCAGAAAAUUUGUGAGCACUCAGAGUGCAAAGUUUAAGAAUAUUUAUAUCACAAAGCGGUUCAUUGGAUUUGAUGAGCAGCAAAAGAAUCAACAAAAGCCAUCUGUGCUUCCACUCAAUAAAAAAGAAAGGAAGGUGUAUUUAACCAUCCCAUCCCUCAGCCUAACACAGAAAGAAAAGAAAAACAUAGGAUGUUUUUUUCUCCCUGUGUUUACUAAUCUUUGUAUCUGGGCUCUGUUUGCAGCAAUAGAUUAUAUGGUUUAUUGGCUAAUUUUUUCAGUCAGCAAGCAUCUCCAAGAAUUACCAGAGAUAGAAGUUCAUUUAAAAGUCUAUUACCAGAAAAAUGAGGACAACUUCAUUAUCAAUACAGGAAAAGUCAUUCAAAAUAAUUUUCAUUUGAAGAUUCCUCUGUUUAAACAUGACUGCAUUCCUAAACCAGAGUUUCCUCUGCUCUCAACAUGGAUCCAGAUUGGAGUCAUCAUCUUUUUCUUAAUCAUAUUUGGAUUAUUCUCCAGUAUCCUGGUUCAACUUAAAGUACUAGUGUCAAGUUCAUUCUAUCCCAACAUAGAGAUGACAAGGAUCCGUUACCUGCAUUCAAAAUUACUGAGAUCCAGAGAAAAGCCUCCACAGAAAAAUGUGAAAAGGAAACUUAACUCAUUUGCUCAAACGCUCCAGUUCUGGUUCCCAAUAUUCCAGGCAAUGGGGACAAUCAGGAAGAAAGAAAAAGACAUGAUAAAUGAAAACAAGGUUUGAAAGAGGGCACAUAACUUUUUGGAUAAGCUCAAGGUUCUUUGUGCAGCAAGUCUCUGCAUAUUGUACCUGUACUGCUUCUGUUUUUAAAAGUAUUUCUGUAAAGUACUGUCAGUUAAUUUCCAUAUUAUAUUUAAAUGUUAAAGAAGUAAACAUAGCUCUCACAGGAAAGCAGCCUACAGUUGUUUGGCAAUGCUGGGCGUUGCAAGCAAGCAAUAUGAAAUAGCACUUGAGAUUUCCCAGCAAUGUCUGGCACUUGUGCAAUCCUUUAAGGCCUGAUCCUCAUUAAUGUUGUGGCCAUGAUAUACCACACUGGGAGCCUUGCUCUGUAAUUAUCACACUGACUCUGUGGCCCUUUUAACAGAUGAGCAUAAAGUCAUUUCACUGUACAUGAAAAUUUCAAACCAAUCAAACUCGUUAAUCAUGGGUUUAACUUUAAGCAUGUGAGGUUCCCUUUGAAAUGAUCGGCACUACUUAUGAGGUUGCAUAGGUAACCUGAAUCCUGGCAUUUCCUAACUUAAAAGUGCUUCACUUUGCAUCCUGUGUUCUUUUAACACAGCUCCUUGGCUGAAAACAAAAACAAAUGAGCUAGGGGGGAAAGAAACCCAGAAAUUGUAUCAUGUUGAUACCAGUUAAUCAGAAAGGGAUGAGACACGUGCCAGUGGCUUUCACUUGUUAAUGGCAAAGGUUGGUGAAGCCUAAGGAGUCUUGUUUUUCUAUUCCUGGCUCUAGGAGUGUGUGAAGCCAGCCCACACUUGAUCCCUUCUGCCCAAUCCCUUAUAAUCUUUUUCCAAAUCCAGGCUUCUCAUCCCAUCCCCAGACUUCUUGCUUAGCCAGUCUUUAUUCCUCCCUCCCUACCCCACUCUCUGCCUACCCAAUCCCUUACUGUAUUCUUACAUGUCCUUAUAUAGUUUAUUCCCCAUGCCCCUCGGCACUUGUUUUCAGUCCUAGUUUCCUUCUCUGGCCUCUAUCCAACCCCAGCCCCUCACCAUUCAGGAGGUGUCAGUAGUCAGUAACACUAGUACCUACAACCGCGGUGAAGCGGGAAACUUGGCAAACACAGGAAGGGGAUUGUUCAUAAUAGACUGAGAUAUAGUCUAUUAUGAACAUGAGACACUUUACUGCACAGUAGAGUGAAUUUCCGUGCAUUAAAUGUCACUGUCUGUGUGUGCAGACCCUUACUGCGCAGUAAUUUGCUCUACUUGGCAAUUAAUUUGUUACCUGCAUUAGAUGCCUUACUCCACAGUAACUACUUGGCAGUUAAUUUGUUAAUAAUAUUUGGAUUAUUCUGCAGUAUCCUGAUUCAGCCAGGUAACAAAUUACCUGCUGAGUAGUUACUGCAUAGUAAGGCACAUGUAGAUGGCUGACCAAGAGCUAAUUUGCUACUGGUCAGCUGGGCAGCAGGGGGCAGGACAUUACUCCCUAUCCCUGGGAGCUCCCUGCUGUUGGAACGGGCUUCAGUGGCUGAGCCCAGGUGGGGACAAUGUCCCCCUGCUUCGGCAUCAGGGAGUUCAGAGAUUAGCAGGAAUGAAGGAGAUGAUAAUGAACCAUAAAGUCAAUUGACUCUCUUGGCACUGCUUGAAUACCUGAAUAGAAGUUCUGCUGCCCCUCCCAGAGAGUUGGUUUUAAAACUUGGGUGGAACAGGAAUCAAAGAGGGGUGCAACUGCACCACUGUACUUGCUCAGGAUGCACCCCCAGACACACAGAUGUGUAUGGUUUAACAAACUCACUCCAGAACUAUGAAUGGAACCCAUGGCAUAUGCGGCGUUGAGCCAGACGCCGUUUUCUCCCUCUCAGCUAUAGGGAAAAAGCAGCUAGACACAAUUACUCUAAAAUGUUUGUGUAACCCCCAAUCUGUCAUUGACACAAAUGUCUCCAGUGUAAGGUAA